UUUAAAAUAAAUGUAAAAACUAUUUUAAUGGAGGAAAGUAAUGAAGACUGGUUGUCGCAAGAAAAGUUUGAUUUUGAUAUUGCUAACUCACCUUCAAUAACGUAUGAUCCAUCAACUACAAGUGAUGAUGAAGAAGUGUUUUUUGGUCCAUUGACUCAUAAGGAAAGAUGUGUAGCUACAGUUGUAAAAGAGGCAGAAGAAAUUCAAAAUAUAGACCUUAACCCUGAGCAACAAGCUUUGGUUCUCAAAGAAUCUGCAUAUUUAAGUUUGAUGUUAAAGCAUGGUACGUCAAAAGGAGGCAGUCCAGUAGCAGUUGUUCAUCCAAUAAUGCGUGAAGUAAAAGAUAAAACCAAAUCUGUUAAUGAAAAAAACAAAGAAAACAUUUUAAAAAAUAAGAAAUGUAUUCAUGAAGACAACAAAAAUGUUAAUUCAUCUGAAAAAGUUGUUUCUAAACAGUCAAGAAUUUUACAACCAAAGUUUGAUGCAUCAAAAUUACGUCCAAUGUCUCAAACAUCUACAUUAUCAACUCGCUUGCCUGUAUUUAAAGCUAAAACUAAAUCUGAAAAAUUAAACGAGUCUCUUGUUGUGGAUCAAGCAAGUUUGUAUGGACUUAAUCCUGACCAAGUGAAACCAAAUUGUCAAGUGAAACCGAACUGUCAGUCAGGGUUGCCUUUAAAAAAGUCAUAUGGUUCAGCAUCGCAACUUCAACACAUUUUACCAAAAGUUGACAAAACUAAAGCAAGUGUAUUGGUAAAGUCAGCAACAGAUACACACCUUUUAAAUACCAGUGUUACAUCAAUUAAUUCUUUAAAAAAUAGUAUUCCUCAAUUAAGAGCACCUAGAAGGAGCAUCAUUUUACAAGGAACACCUAACAAACCAUUAAAACAAGAGAAUCGGGUUCUUACUUCAGGAAAAGCAAAUUUUACUCCAGCUGAUCAAAGUUAUACAAUGACUCCUGUGCAGAGAACAGCCGCACGAAAAUCAAUUAGUGGUUGUAAAUUGUUUCCUAACAGUGGAAAAAGUCUGGUACAAAGUUCAUUACAAACCAACAAAGACGUUAACGAAGUUGAAAAAAAAACAUUUAUCUCUCCGCCAAUGAAAGAUAUUGUGCAAUGUGCCGAUGAAUCUGGUCUUAGAAUCACACUAAAGCAGAAUACAGAGCCACCUGACAUAACUGGUGGUAUAAAGGAGCAUCAAAAAACUUGUGAAAAUCUUUUAUAUAAAGAGGUGUCAUGUAGUGAGCCAAUGAUUAUUUGCGAGUCUAAUGAAAUCAAUUUAAAUCCUCUUGGUGAAUCUGAAGAAUUUAGAAAAAGCUCCCAGGGGAUAACACCCUUAGUAGCGUCCAAAUGUUCAAAGGAGGUCUCCUAUGAAGUUAAUAAUAUAUCAAGCUCUGCAAACAUUUUUUCAACUUUGAAUGGCGAGGAGAAUGUUUGUGUUCAAAUGCAGCAUUCAGAACCACUUCUUCAAAUAGAAAGUCAUUUUGAAACGUCUCCGAUAAAGUCUGUUUUGAAUUCCGUCGAUCCUUUCCAAACUGGAGAUACACCGCCUCCUCUAAUCGAACUAUGUGAUAUUUUAGAACCUGAAAAGUCGUCGGAGAAUGAUCUUAUUUUGUUUUAAACCUGAUAAGGGUUCGUUUCAAAACUGUGUAAAUAUAGUUGAAAUUCUUUUUUUGUUAUUGUAUUUGAUAUCAAAUAAAACUUGUUCAAUAAUAAAGGAAUCAGACCAUUUCAUCGUGUGACCAUUAAUAGUCUUUGUGAACAAUAUGAUAACAUCUCGUUUCGACUACGUUAAAACGGACAGCCCUAAUGAUGAAGUCGUUUGGGUAGAAUAACAUUAUGAACAUAGUCAUCUACAAAGGUUGUUACUGUUAAAGAUAUUAUAUCAUGACCAUA